CGGGCACAGCUGUCUCUGCACCGCUACUGGCGUGCGCUUGCCCGGCUCCUGGAAGGUGGACGCGGACUGUACACUCCCGCAACCUUCCGCAUGAAGGUCCGGUUCCAACGUUUGCGGGCACGGAUCUGUGCGCUCGUUGGAUGUAACGUGGGAACAUCUCUGGAGAAUUUAAAAGGCAGGAAAAAUGACCCCCUUCCCAACUGUGGCCCUCCUCCUCCUCUUCUUUGUGGUGGGCUAUGGAUCGUCGGAGAAUUCCAGUACCUCCAGAGGGUGCGGCCUGGACCUUUUCCCUCAAUAUGUCUACCUGUGUGACCUGGAUGCCAUCUGGGGGAUCGUCGUGGAGGCGGUGGCCGGAGCUGGAGUCUUGACGACGCUGCUCCUCAUGCUGAUCUUGCUGGCAAGGUUGCCCUUCAUCAAGGAAAAAGAGAAGAAGAGCCCCUUAGGGGUCCACUUCCUCUUCCUCUUUGGGACCCUGGGCCUCUUCGGGUUGGCCUUCGCCUUCAUCAUCCAGGAGGAUGAGACCAUCUGCUCAGUCCGCCGUUUUGCCUGGGGGGUCCUCUUUGCGCUCUGCUUCUCGUGUUUGCUUGUCCAAGCCUGGAGGCUACGGAAACUCGUCCGGCAUGGCAAGAGCCCGUCCGGGUGGCAGCUGGCCGGCGUCGCCGUCUGCUUUGCACUGGUCCAAGUCAUUAUCGCAGCAGAGUGGAUGAUACUGACAGUCGUGCGGGACGGGAAACAGGCCUGCCGCUACGAGCCGAUGGAUUUCGCGAUGGCUUCCAUCUACGUUAUGUUUCUGAUGGUGCUGGCCCUGGGCUUUUCUUUCUUCACAGUGUGCGGGAAGUUUAAGAAAUGGAAGAAGAACGGCGUGUGCCUCAUUCUAACCAGCUUUUUCUCAAUCCUCCUUUGGGUUGCUUGGCUGACUAUGUACCUCUAUGGUAAUAAUGAACUGAGGAGAAGAGACCAAUGGAGUGACCCCACUCUGGCAAUAGCACUGGUGUCUAGUGGUUGGGUCUUCGUGAUCUUCCACGCUAUCCCGGAGGUUCACUGCUCCAUCCUCCCAUCCCAGCAGGAAAACACACCUAAUUAUUUUGAUACUUCGCAACCACGGAUGCGGGAGACUGCUUUUGAGGACGACCUGCAGCUUCCGCGGAGCUACAUGGAAAACAAAGCCUUUUCAAUGGAUGAGCAUAAUGCAGCUUUGCGGACUGCAGGAUUUCGCAACGGCAGCCUGGGUAGCCGUCCCGGCGCCCCCUUUAGAAGCAACGUCUACCAGCCCACUGAGAUGGCAGUUGUCCUGAAUGGUGGGACUAUUCCAACUGCUCCACCAAGUUACACUGGAAGACACCUUUGGUGAAAAAGCUUAUAGGCUGUAGAGGAUGAGAGAGAGAGAGACAGAUUUUAUUUCCUGGCAGUGUGCGUUGUUUUAUUUUUUUCUGAGGGAAGAGUGAAUAAUCCUAGCACAGGACACCAGCAGUGCGGGAGGAGGGGACCCAUCCACGGAGCAUGGGAGAUCCUAGACUGGAUAGCUUGUUGUUGUUUUAAAAAUAAAAAUAAAAAUGUGAGCACCGUUUGAAUUGAUAAGCUAACCACAAAAGCAAAACCUCUGCAGUGAAAUAUAAGCUAAAACUAAGUUUAAAAAUAGACGUAGGCGCACUCUUCCAAAAAUAAAAACGGGAGAAAGGGGACACAGUGUUCAGAAAUGGAAGGCAACUCUCUGCUGCAACCAGAACGCAAGGCAAAUAUGGCCUUUGUCCGGCCAUCCAAGUUUUGAGAUGAAGAGGAUAGAACAAAAAAGUCCUUAAUUCAGAUUGCCACUGCGCUCAGCCCGGCAGGCUUUCUGACAACCUAACUGGCCAUCUUGGAAAGGAGAGAGUGGUCAUAGGGUCAAAAAAUAAAAUUAUAUCCAUCUAGAAUAGUGUUUCCUGGCCAUCCCAGGCCCUUUUUAGAGGUCAUUUCUCACUCCAAAAUGAAGGAAAGUACCACUGUGUAUAUACUGGGUUUCUAAGGCCAGCCGUACAAGGGUGAGGAACCAACUUUGUUAUUUUAGAAAGUGCAGGCUGGUCCAUGGCGGCUGGCCUGCCACUCUUCCCCCCGGAAGCACCCCAGCAACCUUCCUGCAGAAAGGGGGUGGGGCUGUGUUUGCUCCGCCUCUUUUGCACACGGCCAUGUCGAAGGCAGCACUUGCUAUUAAAUCGUGUUGUGCAGAAGGGGUUGGGAGAGAGAGGGCAGGCCAAGGCUAUUGUGGCUCAUAAGUGUGUCCAAGAAAUGGAACCAGACACACAGGAAAUCUAGGAAAGUUGAGGCGCCCCUUGGGCAGGGUUCACUAAAAAACAUUGGAUUCCCCCAUCACUCUCCUCCCAACUCCAGUUUAGCACUGGAGUCUCAUUGACUGCAAUGGGUUGUUCAUUUCCUUGUAUGCUUUUUUUUUUUACAGAGGAUUUUAUUCCUUUGUGUGUUUUCUAAUGGGAUUAUUUUCAUGUGGGGGUUGGGAACGAAGUGUGUGGUUGUUUCCCCACCCCGUUUCACCAGAGGGUCCCAUGUGCCUGCCUGCCUUUUCACAUUUUUAUGGUUUUAAUGAUGUUCGCCAGAGCAUCCCUUCAUUUGUUUAGCAUCGAACGCAUAUUGGGCAUGUGAACAGCCAUCACAUCCUCCAGUCAAGCCAGCAUUGUGCCCUGCUUUCCUGCAGAAAAAAAAGCAAUUGAGGUUUGCUUGUGUUUUUUUUUCUAAACACACACACACACACACAUUACAUGAAGUUGCAAAGUAUGCGGAAGGAUGGAAUUCUUUUGCAUCUGUUCUCAUUAAUAUAUAUCUAUUUUCAAAUGGUGAAUAUAAAUGAUAAUGUAACAAAAUAAAGACCACAUAACAGAGUGGCUUUGCAAGGCUGUAUCCUGCAAAGGAAAGAAGACAGGUUUUUUAAAUUUUUACUUUGGGAAAUGUCCCUGGUUUCUUUACUAUAAGCCUGAUCUUGUUAAUUUCGGCCUAGUUCUCAUUGAGGUCACCAACUCGUCGUUUGGGUAGUACCACUUCAGACUUAACAACCGGUUUUUAACAACAGUUUUCUGGCAGAGGGUGGGUGGCCACAAAUCAGGGAUGUUGGAGGUGUUUGGAAUAGAUCAGGUGGUUUGGAUUCAGUGACAUCUGGAGCACUCUUCCAAUGCUUGCAAGGAGCUGGAGGCUCAUUUGAUUGAAAACUCUUCUAUGCAAUGGACAUUCCUUGCCUGCAGAAAGCCAGCAAGUUGGGGAAAACCCUGCCAUGCUAUGUUUCUAUAUGCAGGGGUUUCUAUUCAUUUGUGAUUAGGAGAACUCCACCCUAGAUCUGGCACUGCUCUUAGAUUCUCAGGUGGUGGUGUUAAGCAGAAGUAAUUUUCUUCUGCUCUGCCUGGUGUGCCAGCACCACCCGUUCUUGGAAAAGAUGGAAGCUGGCCCUGGUUACACCUGUGUUUGGCAUAGCAAGGCUGGAGUACUGUUCCACGCUGUCUGUGGGGCUGUCCUUGGAGAGUGAUCAAAAGGUGUCGGUGGUUCAAAACACAGCAGCUGUGGAAGCCAACCUGAGGGGUCAUUUUCUUUUGUUCUUGUACCAGCUUGAAGCUUCUGGAGAACCACUGGCAGUGAAAAAAGAUAAUCCCAGGUUGGAUGGGGGAAAGUAGUAAGCAUUUUCCUGUGUUAGAAUCUGGGCACAAUCCAUUACAUCUAAAGUCCAAUUAGGGUGAGGGCAGGGUGGAUGACUUCUAUAGCUGCAGGUUCCAGAUUUUUAUGUCCCCACUCCUGUGAGUCAACCCACCUGUCAGUCACCAGACCUCAGAUGAUUGGCAGGAGGGUUUAUCCCACUCAUCAAAAAAAUUCCAUUGACACCACUGCUAAAAUGAAGCUUUCCCUCUCCUCCGUUUUAGCAGAAAUUUCAAUAGAAGCUGCUUGGUACUAUUGGAGCAAGGUUCGUUCCCCUCGCCUGUCAGCUCAUGGGCUGUGGGAGCGUAGCUUGCUCCACAAAGGGAGCAAUCGGGAGCUCAUUUCAAGCUCCCGGUUGUUCCUGUGUAGUCAUGUAACUCAUCAGCUGUCCACCAAGCAGCCAUGAUUCAUGAGGAACAGUCUCGCGGGCAAAAUUGGGAACACUGCCAUGUCAAAUCUGACCUGUGGGCCAGAAGUUCCCAAUCUCUGGCUUAGGACCAAGACACCUUAAGGCAAGGGUAGCUAAACAUCAGGGAUGAUGGUAUUGUUUUGGUCCAACAUCAUCCCUAGGGCCCCACGUUCAUUACCCCUUUCUUAGGAAGAGAAGGCCCUUAAACCUUACCUGAGCUCAUUUGUCCAAGGUUUGGAUGAUGGGACCAAAGGAAAGGGCCUUCUCUGUGGUAGCACCCAGACGACUGAGUCUUCUUCUCAAGUUUCGCCUCAUCCAUUCACUCAAGCUCUCCUACUAUGAGGUGGAAAGACUUUUUUUUUUUAUUUAGGAAAGCAUUGGACUUUUAUAUUUUGAUCUCUCUCAGUCUUCCUGCUCUGUUGUUUUGUGGGGAGUGGGAAAUUGAUGCUGUUCUUGCUCUUGUAUUCAUGAUUUGAUUGUAUUAUUUGAACGCCUCUUUUCUGUAUCAUCAUUGUUGUUUAAGAUCAUGUCUGCCACCUCGAGCUGCUCCCGUUGGAAGCAAAGGGCGAGGCAUAAAGCCCCAAAAUAGACACAUGAAUUAAGAUGUUCUACCUGCAGUCUGAAAUAGUACCUUCACCUCAAUGACAACUAGGCCUUUAAUGUCCAUGAGUAGCCUCAUUGACCCUGGCUGGUCUAUUUAGUAGCAAAAGGGGUACAAGAUCAGGAUUUUUGUGAUACACACUUAUAUAUUCUAAAAGAAAGUAUACAUUGCCAUUCUUGCCAUGAUUAUCUUACCAAGUCCUGUCCCCCCAUCCCCCGGACUAGGUAAUAGCAAUAACUUUUUUGUUGUGCACAAACAGUUGCUUUAUGUGCUCUCAACAGAAAAGAACCACACACGGUGAAUGCAUUCAGAAAAUGUAUAAAUAUUAGUGUUGCAUUUUAUUGAGAUUUGAACAGGUUGGGUCUCAUUUUAUCACUAUAUAAAAUCUUAGCUGGUGCUUUCAUGUGUGGGUUUUAUUUUAAGGGAAAUGGGAAAAGUGCAGUUUGAAAAAUGGACUUUUCUUAAACUUCUAUUAUACAAAAACACACACAUAAGAUGCACAUGGCAUAAAUGGCAAAACAAUUUUCUUUUUCCCAGCUGAGUGUUGACAUAUUUUUGGAAGCGAUUGGGUUGGUGGUGUUUCUUUUUUUAAUUAUAUGGGGGUGGGGGGCUGACUUUAAAGAAAAAAAUACUUUCAAGGAGUGUAAUUUAAGAUGUUCAAUGUUUGUUUGUUUGUUUUUUAGACAAGAAGGGAUUUAGCAAUCCUGCUUCCCCUUAAGUCAAUGGCAGUUUGGGAUCUUAAAGACAGGGCUGGAUCCUGCAAACACAGGACUUCCCUUAACCACUCAUGUCAACCCGAGCCUUGCUUCAUAGUGGUGGGAGGUGUGCAGAUUAAACCUUAAUAAAAUAAAAUAAAAUAAAAUAAAAUAAAAUAAAAUAAAUAAAAUAAGGGAUUGAUUCAUUUUCCCAGCAAGUUAGUUUUGGAAUGAAUUUAUAUUUUUGUCAGUCUGUAACUUGUGAUGUCAGAUUCUGCCACCCCCCCCAAAAAAAGAAAACCAUUUGUUGAUUUUUUAAAAAGGGGCACUUUUAUGUUAAGUUAUAUUUUUGUUAAUGUAACGAAGUUGUUUAUACUUUUGCCUUUUGAGGAAAGUGAUUACGAAUGUAAAGCAUCUGUAACUCCACAACAGUAAGCACAACUACUUGGGGGGUGGGAUUUGGUUUCACUGUAACUCACUCUAGGAAGCGUAAAAGCUACUAUGUUCUCCAUUGUUGCCAGUCAAUAAUGCCACUCAAAUGGGGUGGGAGGAAUAUAUGUGUAUAUAUAUUUUAGGAUGCAACCCUAUGCACACUUUCCUGAGAGUAAACCCCAUUGAAUACCAUGAAACCUAAGUUUGAGUAGCUAUGGCAGAAUUGUGUUCUAUAAGGCACCUUAGACUGUUGUUGACAUGCUGGUUUUUGAGAUGAGCUGUGUGGCACCCCCAUAAGCUGGAAGAAAAGUGCAAUCCAUUAAGCAACUACACCAGGGCUCACUAUCCUUUUUUGGACCAGGGGUGACAUUUUGCAUUUUGAGAGAUUGCGGGGGGUGCCUUUCACAAACGGACUGCCAACGGGGUGUGUGCGACACAACACAACAUGGUUGUCGUGGAAGGCAUGGCAUCACACAGAAUUAGAGAGUACAAUCAGGGCGAAGCUUUUCCCGUGGCUGUAUUUCCAUAGGAGAAGAGGCUUGUUCUGUUGAAUUUCUUCCUGGAAAACAAGGGAGAAGCAGGGAAAGUGCAUUAAAGAGGAGAGGGAAGGAGCAGCUCUUUAGGACCGCAGGGAUUCCAAUUGCCUGGUGUCCAAGCGGCUCUGACUUCGCCCAUUGGCUAAGAACACUGGCAGGUGAGAGGAGCCAGGCUGGCUCAUUUCACAGAAAUGAUUGAGAGCUGGUGAACCUUGCACUGCACUGUGCAAAGGAUUGCGUCCUCCAGUUGCAAACAGCCUGCACCUAUUUGAAGACUAGCAAAACUGUACCCAUUGGCUUCGGUUGAGCAGCUCUGGUGGGUGAAUACAUAGAAUUUGGGGCAUGUGCCCCAUCCAGAGCCCCAUGAAAUUUUGGGGUUGAAGCCAUUGACUUGGAGUGGCUCUGGUGAGGGCACACGUUAGCCCUGAGCUGUAGAUGAAUGCUGGCGGCCAACCUGAGUGCACCACCCAGAUUAAGGGCUCUUCUGCUAUACACCAGCCCUUUUUACACCCCGUGCAAGGAAGAUCCAGAGGUUGGGAGGUAGUUUCCACUCCAGCAUCUCUUUUCGAGAUGGUGGGGAAGGUUUCAAGGGGCACAGAUGCCCUUGUCAAAGGAUCCCGUGUCUUGCAGGAUGCAGUCCUAGAUAAACAAGGUGUGUUAAAAUUCUAGCUUUAACUGCUAGGCAAUGGCAUCGUUCUUGGCUUAACUCUGCUUGAGGCUUCUGUUCUAACCAAAGGCAGUACAACUGGAAGCACAUGUAGCUUUUAUUUAAAAGAGAACAGAUUGGACUACUCUUGCCACCUUACCAGAUUACACAGCAGGUGCUUUUAUUAACUGAUGAGAGCCAAGUCUCAUUUUUUUUGAUAAUAUAUAUAUUUAUUAAAUGUAUUAAUGUGCAUUUUUUAUAAUGUCCCUUUUCCCACUCUGCUGACCGUUGCAUACUGUUUAAUCUUGUACAUCUUUGGAAAGGUUUUCAAGACAAUCAAAUGUGUACCAUAAUGACUGUACAUAAAAAUACGAAAUUUAAAACGAAAACAAAACAAAUAAAGUUGUAAAGCAUGGGCAAAGACAUUUUAUUUUCAAAAUGCUGUUCUUAACAAAACAAAACAAAAAUAAAGGCUUUACUAUUUACUUACAA